GAAAAAUGGAUAAUAAAUUAAGACAAUUAAUUUCAAAAGUAAAAAAAGAAUAUGAUGACGAUUCUGUAGAUAGAUGCAUAUAUGCUACCACUGUUUAUAUUGUUGGAUUCUUUGCGGUUCUAAUUAUGGCAAAACAAUAUGUUGGUGACCCCCUACAAUGUUGGUUACCUGCAGAAUAUACUGGAGCUUGGGAGUCUUAUAUAGAAAAUUAUUGUUUUGUAGAGAAUACUUAUUAUAUUGCACAGAAUCAGAGCAGCAAAUUGCUCUCACCAGAGAACAGACAAGCCCGUCGCAAAUACGAACUUCGUUACUACCAAUGGAUUCCCUACAUUCUAGCAUUGCAAGCUUUGCUGUGUUUUGCCCCAAAAAUGAUUUUUAAAAUUUUGUGUUCUUUUAGUGCCCAAUCUUCCAAUUAUUAUUUAACUGCAAUUUAUUUGUUAAUGAAAAUUUUAAUGUUUUUAUCAAUUUUAAUUCAAUUAAUUUUAAUUAAUUUAUUUUUGGGAACGUGGGAUUUAUUUUGGGGAUUUAAUAUUUUAUGGCAAAUUGUUGUUGAUGGGGUCGACUGGAGAAAUAAUGGAUUCUUUCCUAGGGUUACUUUCUGUGAUUUACAAACUCGAGAUAUUGGCCAAUACAGGGAACACACAGUUCAAUGUGUUCUUAUGAUUAAUAUGUUCGCCGAAAAGAUUUUUAUAUUUUUAUGGCUCUGGUUUUUCCUUUUACUUUUUAUUUUACCCUUAAAUAUUUCUUUGUGGAUAUACAGAAUAUUUUCUAUGAAAAGUAAUGAAGAAAUGAUUGUUGAUGCACUCAAGGCAAUUUUUAGAAAAAAAUUUUUUUUAAUCCUUCCCAUUUUCCCUCCCUUCCAGUUACACGAUCAUUUCCCAACAAUUCAAGACGUCAGAAAAUUUAUUAGAGAAUUUUUAAAAAUUGAUGAUAUUGUUAUUUUGAGAAUGAUUAAUUCAAAUGUUGGAUAUAUACAAACUUCUGAUAUUUUACAUCAAUUAUGGCUUAAUUACAAUUCUAUUGAAGAUAUUAGUGAAAAACAAGACGAAUAA